AUGCGCUCCUCUCCUGUUAAUCUUGGAAAAAGAACGCUUAAGUAUGGAGGUAAGUCUGGUAUUUUACCUGAGGUCCGCCCUAUUUUCAAAAGAAACCCAAUAAAGCCGAAAUCAGAGCAUCAAAAACACGAAGAAGCACAAAUAGAACAAGGCUACGCUGAAGGUAUUCCAACGCCCAAGAAAAGGGGAUUUGUGUUCCAUCGCAAACCUGUCGAAAGACCAGUCAUUACUGUUGAGGAAAGAAUAAAAAGGUUCAUCGAGGACAGGGCACCUGAUGUUGACAAAUCAAAGUUAUCACAAGAAGAGUUAUGGGAGCUUCAAAGAGACGAAGUUAGAAGACAACAUUUGAAAGAUGCUUUUCUUGCAGAGGCCAAGAGACUCGAGAGACUCGAACAAUUGGAAGCUAAGAAGCAAGAACAGGAGCAGAAGCACAAGGACCAGCAGGAACACUUUGAGGAAUCUGUUGCUACCAAGUUGACGUUACCAACUAUUGAUUCGUAUUUAAAGGGACCAAUUAUGAGACACAGAACUCCUGAAGAACAAGCUAUUGUCAACGAAAAGAGAACUUUAAACAGAAAAGCAACGGAGUUGGCAGUGAUGGAAAGCAAGGCGACUGACUUGUUAAAUUUGUAUCACGCAGCAUCGACUUUCAUCACAACGGAAGAAGAGUUGGAGGUUGCUAUUAAAGAUGCAUUUGAAGUCAAGGUUGGUAAGUUCGAGAGUUCUGAGAGAUUAAUUGAAGAUAAGCUUUUCGGUUUCCACAACUCUUACAACAACGCUAAGACUGGCGAAAAAUUGAUCCAAGAUGCUGCCUUUGGAGAAAUUGAUGGCCAGCCAGGUCUUGAUGCUGUGAAGGAAACCUUGAGUGGAGAAGCUGAAAGCAUGAGACGUGAUGCGCAAGCAAGACUCAACCACAACAACUAA